UACGGAAGUGGAUUAUCCGGAAGUUGUUCUUCAUGAGGUUGAUGUUCUGUCCUCCGAGAGAUUGAAAGUGUCAAAUCCGCCGGAGAUCUAAACUGAACGCAUAUCAGAAACAUUUACAUCUACAAAACAUCUUCAGCAGGUGUUGUACAUUGAGCCUGCUCUGGCUCACUCAUGGUUGAGCUGGAGAGCGUGGAUCGAACCUGACACACAAGAUGGCCUGUGCAGAUGAACCUCCAGAGAAGCACUGCUGGGUGUGUUUUGCUACGGAGAAGGAGGAUCGAGCUGCAGAAUGGGUCAGCCCGUGCCGGUGUAAGGGCUGCACCAAGUGGAUCCAUCAGUCUUGCUUACAGCGAUGGCUUGAUGAAAAACAGAAGGGAAACAGCGGAGGAGCCGUCAGCUGCCCACAAUGUGGCACUGAAUACCGGAUAAUGUUCCCCAAAAUAGGGCCCCUGGUGUACUUCCUUCAGCAGGUCGACAGAGCUCUGUCCAGGGCCAGUCCUUUCGCCGCGGCUGGAGUCGUGGUGGGCACCGUCUACUGGUCGGCCGUCACUUACGGUGCCGUCACGGUUAUGCAGGUGGUGGGCCAUAAGAAGGGUCUGGAUGUGAUGGAGCGUGCAGAUCCUCUCUUCUUACUCAUGGGUUUACCCACCAUCCCCGUCAUGCUAGUACUGGGGAAGAUGAUUCGCUGGGAGGAUUACGUGGUGCGGCUUUGGCAACGACACUCAUCUAAGUUUCAGAUCUUCGGCGGGCUUGUACCUGGUAUGACGGGGAAAACGGGGUUAAACUUGGCAAUAGUUCAUCCCAGUGUUGUUAUUGGUAUGGGCCGUCCUCUGCCCCGCAUCCCAGUGGAGGGCAGUUACGGAGGAGACCAUCUCUCUGUGUCUCGCACCCUGUGCGGCGCCCUCAUCUUCCCCUCCAUCGCCAACCUUGUGGGACGCCUCCUGUUCCACAGGGUCACGUCAAACCUGCAGCGCACCAUCCUGGGCGGCAUAGCGUUUGUGGUGAUCAAGGGAGUGCUGAAAGUAUAUUUCAAACAGCAGCAGUACCUCAUCCAGGCCAACAGACACAUUCUGAAUUACCCAGAGCCCGAGGGACGAGCAGACGGCACUUUUGAGGACGACAAUGAAGACAGUAGCAAUGAAUGAAGACGAUGCACUUGAGGAAAUCAACAAAUGCACUGUAGUGUAGGAUUCUAAGUAUAAAGAAAGACAUAUUUACAGAUGUUUAAAGACAUAAUUUCUCAGCUUCACGUGGCUCUAAAUCAGCACAAACACAUAUUUGCUAUGUGUUACCUAACUGCAAGGAUGACUGAAAUUCUUUCAUCAGUGAGAAACGUUUGUUGGGGUGUUAAAGUGCCUGUAAUAGCAAAAUGCACCAGUAGAUGGCGCCAAAUGCACAGCUGGUACCUGCACUGUGCACUGCUGACUCUGAUGAAGACAUUGUCAUUUAGGCUGCAAAUGUACCAGCAGAAUGAGAAUGAGUCAAUUGAGUCUGAUUGAAGAUGAUAAGCACUGGCUCUUUAAUGACAAAUAAAGGAUAAUAAACCCA